ACAGGUUACAGAAAAAUGUCCGACAAUGCUUCUGGAACCGUUGUGAAUGUGGGAGUGUUGGAUUUGUCAUGAAUCAUGCACAGUUUCAAAAAAAUUAUUUCUUUAAUUCGACCAUACAGGGAAUGGAGGAACUUUGUCAAUUCGACGAUGAGGAUGCCGAGUUUUAUUGUUAUCUUCUGGAUGAAAAUGCUUUCGUAGUUGCUUCUAACAUGAACUCAAAUGCGACCGGACAAUUUUUUGGUAAGCUUAAUCGGGAAGUUAUGGAGCAGUUGAUAUCUGGAGAAAAUACAACGAUUUACACAAAAAUUACUAGAAAGAACCCUCAAGGAAAAUGUACGGAUACUGUAAGUUCCACAAGUGGAGCUCAGUUCUUGCAAUCAUUCUUUUCUGUUACAUCUUACAUAAAAUGGUGCUUUGCCAAGGCAGUUUGGAUACUAGCCAACUUUAAUGUAUACAAUUGGAUGUACAGUGGAUCAUCGUUUGUUUCAGCCCAAACAAAAGUUGAGCAAAAAACUCGAAGUUGCAUUUGGGAGAUGACUGCAUAUUACUCAGAAAUUAAAGAUGAAAAUAUGACAAAACAAGGUAGAGUAAAUUGUAGCUGCUACAGUCGGUACUGCCAAAGAUCAUUUGUCGUUUCAAACGUUCCUAAAACUAACCUUUAUCUUGUCAUUGUGGAUGGAUUAUGUACUGCAUUUGGUAAUACUAAAGAUGUUCCUGGUGAACCUCAAGAAUUGAAACAAACAGAGAAGGAUGUAGAAAAUUCAGUUUGUCGUGAAGAUAAAUAUCGACAGCUUGUAUCGAGAUGUUUCAAGUCUACGAGCUCGGAAGCUGAUUAUAAAUGUGGUGGAUCCAAUGACAUAAAAAUGUCUGCGUUGCUCUUAUUCAAAUCAUUUGUGGCAUUUUUAUUAUUUUAUGUUUAUAAAUAAUUUAUAUAUUACAAAACGCAAAAUAAAAAAUUUAAAAAAAUCAGGCAGAGAGAAACGAACUGUAAUAUAUUUUGAUGAAUCUCAAAUAAAUAUUCUUCUAAAUGA